AGCGAGCGUUGCGUCGCGUCAUUCAGAGAAACGCUUGCACGCGCGUCGCAGCAGCAGAAGAUGAUCAUCGACGGAGAUUGUGAGGGAUUCUCGGGUCUUCUGGACCGGGACGGCGAUGUGAUGACCAGUCCGGUCCACCUGCUGUCCUUCUACGGCUGCUUAGAGGAGUCCUCCUCCUCGGACCCGAGUCUGUCCGCCGGGUCUCCGCUCUCUGACUCGGACCACAGCUGCAGCAGCGCGGGCAGCCCUCAGAACAGCGGCAGCGUGGACGCGCACGGCGCGCGCAGACCGAGUCGCUAUCAGGGCGUGCGCGUGAAGAACACCGUGAAAGAGCUGAUCCUGCAGAAGCGCCACCACAGCCAGGCUCCGCAGUAUCAAGCCGAAGACGAAUGCCCAGCCCUGAUGCAGGCGCUGCAGAGAACGAAGAGGGAGCUGGAGGAUCUGCACCUGUGUCCCGUGAAGCGGCUGCGGGUCUCCGGCUCGGGCGGCCCGUCUCCGUGCGGUGAGAACCUGUUCUGUGACGCUGAGAUGCUGGAGGACAUCCGAGACGUUCUGUCCAUCGAGUCUGUGACCGUGAGAGGGUGUCCAGCUCAGGAUCUGUACGCUGAGACCCGCAGCUCGGCUUACAGCGGCUGGCAUCCGCUGCCGUCUGUGGAGAACACGUACUCUCCGCCCAGCCUCAGUCUGACCGCUGCGCCGCCGGUGUCCUUCUUCCAGUGGCAGAUCCAGCACGAGGAGGAGAAGCUGGCCGCUCUGAGCCACGUGGAGCUCACCGCUCGAGACGGGGACGGAGACACGUUCUUGCACAUCGCGGUGGCUCAGGGCAGAAGAGCUCUGGCGUACGUCCUCGCCAGGAAGAUGGCUUCCCUCGGCAUGCUGGACAUGAAAGAACACAACAACCAGAGCGCCUUCCAGGUCAGUGUUGCCGCAGAUCAGCACCUGAUUGCACAAGACCUGCUUUUACUGGGAGCUGAAAUCAACACCAUGGACUGCUGGGGCCGGGCCCCGUUACACGUGUGUGCUGAGAAGGGCCACAGCUCCACCCUGCAGGCCAUCCAGAAGUUCAUGCAGACGAGCGGGCGGCUGGUCAACCUGGAGGUGGUCAACUAUGAUGGGCUCACGCCUCUCCUUGUGGCGGUGCUGUCCCACAAUGCCGUGCUGCAGGAGCUGAGCCUCGGCCCUCCGUGCGCUCAGAGUCCGGCUCUGCUGCAGAAGAGGAAGCUGCUGGCCGAGUGCGUCAGUACUCUGCUGCUGAUGGGCGCCUCGCUGGAAGCCAAGGACCGCAAGAGUGGCCGCACCGCUCUGCAUAUGGCCGCCGAAGAGGCCAACGUCGAGCUCCUGCGCCUCUUUCUGGACCAGUCCAACUACUACUCCGUCAUAAACACAAAGGCGUUUAACGGGAACACUGCGCUCCACAUGGCCAGCGCUCUGCAGGGUCGGCUGGCUCAGACGGACGCGGUGCGGCUGCUGCUGAGACGAGGAGCUGACCCCAGCAUCAAGAACCUGGAGAACGAGCAGCCGGUGCAGCUGGUGUCCGCCGGGCCGCUGGGAGACCAGGUGCGUCGGAUCCUGAAAGGUAAAGGAGUGCCGUCCCGCUCUUGAGCGAGCGAGUCCUUCUCCAGAAUCGCUGUCAGUCAGGCAGCCGGUCUCUGUACAGACUCAUUUGCCGCCGCAGGCAGAUGUCGGUUGUUUCCAUGAAACAGUCUUAUCAUUGUUCACUACUGAGUAGUAGACGGCACAGGAAAGUGAGCGCAAGGCUCGGAGAAGCCACCGGACGUCAGAAGAGGAAUCUAGAGUUAUGAGGAAGUUAGGAGGAUUAUUCAGAAAGUCGUAAUGAAUGAGGACACGUCGUUAAAGAGGAAGAAAGUGAAUCUUGUUCGGUGGCAGAUCUGAAGCGUUGUAUUUGGCUCUGGUGUGUAAAAGGUUGUAAACUAUAAUCUCUAAAUGUAACUCUAUCCGUACUGUUGUUGUUACUCUUGUGUGUGUUUUGUUAGAAGGUUUAACACGAGAUGAAUAUGUGACUUUAAACCUGUCGAACCAGAACGUCCUGAUUGUUGACUUCAGGUGUGUUUCAGCAUGUUAUUCUGGGACUUUCUUCCAUUGAUAAUUAACUUUAUGAGGUCAUGCCAUUCUCUAGAAGUCCUCUAAUUAUUGUUUGAUUGUAACUGCUGUUCUCAGAAUCAACCGUUAAAUCCACAUAAAAAUAGGUGUUUCUGUUUGGUGGCAUUAUAACCGCUCAUAUUACAUGUAUCCGCACGAUAUUCAGCAAUGAGUUUUUGUGGUGAUGGAAUUAAUAUAUUGUUGUUAUUUCUUUAUGUGUAUAUAUAUGCAUGUAUAUCAUUCAGCAUUAUAUUUUCGCUGUGCAUCAGGAGUGGGUUGUUUGUUUAAUAAAUCAGCUGUAAUUCAGUCUUAAAUAAAGGUUCCUUGUCUGUG